AUGUCGCUUCGACCAGAAGGAAACACCGAUCACGCAAAGGAAACAGAUGACUCGAGGGUGAAAAACAGUUCCAAGGCCGAGGUGCACCACAUCGAAAAGUUGAAAGAAAAGACCGGCCCGGUGAUACCAACACUUUUGGAAGACCUGAGUGAUGAUGAGAUACGGGCGAUAGAGAGAAAGAUGGUGUGGAAGGUUGACUUGCGAAUGUUGCCGUUGGUCAUCAUCAUGUACAUUUUGAACUACCUCGACCGGAACAACAUCGCAGCUGCUAGAUUGGCGGGUAUGGAAGACGAUCUGAAAUUGACUGGCUCACAGUAUCAGACUUCAGUGAGCAUUCUCUUUGUCGGAUAUGUCUUGAUGCAGGUUCCAUCAAACCUCUUCCUGAAGUCCGUGGGGAAGCCAGCGUUGUAUCUCCCAACUGCAAUGGGACUGUGGGGGAUCGUCUCAGGGGCCACCGGAGCGGUACACAACUUCGCCGGUCUUGUGUCAUGCCGUGUACUGCUGGGCAUCCUGGAAGCUGCUUACUGGCCGGGCUGUGUCUUCUAUCUCUCAUCUUGGUAUACACGAAAAGAACUUGGCGUUCGGCUCGCCAUCCUGUUCCAGGGCUGUCUGCUAUCCGGAGCCUUCUCUGGCUUGAUUGCGGCAGGUGUCCUCGACGGAAUGGCAGGAGUGCGGGGAUUGGCCUCGUGGCGGUGGCUCUUUAUUCUCGAAGGAACUGCAACAACACUGGUGGCCAUCGUCUCCAUCUUCCUACUGCCAAACUUUCCCCACACCACGGGAUGGCUGUCUGAGCAAGAACGCCAGCUCGCCAUGUGGAGAUUGGAACUAGACGCUGGAGAGACUGAUCAGAGCGAAGACGACAACUCGUCCCUUCUCGAAGGUUUCAAAAUGGCAGCCAAAGACAUCAAAGUAUACGUCGUGGCCAUUAUGCUCAUCUGCAUAGCCUCCUCGGCCUCUGUGCUGAACUUCUUCCCCACUGUUGUCGAAACCCUGGGGUACGGCCGCACUGAGACCCUGCUGCUGACAGCUCCGCCAUACGUCCUCUGCAUGUUCACGUCAUGUUUCAAUGCGUGGAAUUCAGAUCGCACCGGCGAGAGAUACUUUCAUUGCACAACGCCCCUCUACAUUGCCAUCGUGGCCUUCGUGCUCGCGGCAUCUACCACAGCAACCGUGCCACGGUACAUCGCCAUCAUGCUCAUGAUCCCGGGCUUCUACUCCAGCUGGUCGUUGGUGUUCGCUUGGGCCUCCAACGCCAUCCCGCGACCAGCAGCAAAGCGUGCUGCAGCGUUGGCCAUGGUCAACUCUGUGGCCAACUGCGCCAACAUCUUUGGAAGCUACUUGUAUCCCACGUCUCACGCUCCCCGAUACGUUCUCGCAAUGGGCGUCAACACGGGAACUGCUGUCGUAGCAAUUUUGGCGGGCACAAUUCUGAGAUGCAUACUUGCCCGUGAGAAUAAGCGGAUGGGCCCAGGUGCAACUCGAUACCCUCUAUAA